AUGUCUAAUUAUUUCUUGAACGAUCAGCUAUCGAAGAAAACCUCAAUCUUUGGUUUACGUUUAUGGGUAGUUCUUGGUAUUUGUGUAGGAGCUGCUAUAGUUCUCCUUCUUUUCCUUAUCUCUCUCUGGUUCACUACUAAACGCAACAAAACUGAUAAAGCCAAUAAACCCAUUACUACUACUACUAAAUUCAUCUCAUCUCUCAACAACAACCCCACAAUUCCCAACAUUUCCAAAGAAAUCCAGGAAAUCCGGGUCGACCCUAGCCAUCCAUUACCCGAGCCAAAACAACUUAACCACCCCAACCCAGUUCCUGAAUCGGGGCUCCAGAAUGAAGAGGAGACUGCCAGUCCUGUUGGUGGGAGGAAUAGAAUUCACAUUGAGAUUGGGAAGGAUCAUAGAAUUUCGUACCCCGAGCGGGUUGGCGGCUCUGGUCAUGGGAGUGGGGAGAACCGCUCUGGGCCUCGGUCUGGUGAUCAGGCGGGUGCGGUGAUUGCGGUGCCGGAGGUUUCACAUUUGGGGUGGGGUCAUUGGUAUACUCUUAGAGAGCUUGAGGAGUCUACUAAUUAUUUUGCUGAUGAGAAUGUGAUUGGUGAAGGCGGUUAUGGAAUUGUUUACCGAGGUCUUUUGGAAGAUAAUACUAAUGUUGCUGUAAAAAAUUUGCUUAAUAACAGGGGACAAGCUGAGAAGGAGUUCAAAGUUGAAGUUGAAGCAAUUGGACGAGUACGGCAUAAGAAUUUGGUGAGGUUGCUUGGUUAUUGUGCUGAAGGAGCUCAUAGGAUGCUUGUUUAUGAAUAUGUAGAUAAUGGAAACUUAGAACAGUGGCUUCAUGGAGAUGUUGGGCCUUGCAGCCCUCUGACAUGGGAGAUUCGUAUGAAUAUAAUAAUUGGAACAGCAAAAGGGCUGACAUACCUGCACGAGGGACUUGAGCCCAAGGUUGUACAUCGCGACAUCAAAUCGAGCAACAUUUUGCUGGAUAAGCAAUGGAAUCCUAAAGUAUCUGACUUUGGCCUUGCAAAACUCUUGGGGUCAGAAAGGAGUUACGUAACAACUCGAGUAAUGGGAACUUUUGGAUAUGUGGCUCCAGAAUAUGCCAGUACUGGAAUGUUGAAUGAAAGAAGUGAUGUAUACAGCUUUGGUAUUCUUCUUAUGGAAAUAAUUUCUGGAAGGAGCCCUGUUGAUUACAGCCGCCCUGCAGGAGAGGUGAACCUGGUUGAAUGGCUUAAAACAAUGGUCACAAAUCGGAAUGCAGAGGGAGUUUUGGAUCCUAGGUUGCCGGAGAAGCCUUCUUCAAGGUCAUUAAAACGUGCCCUAUUGGUGGCAUUACGCUGUGUCGACCCAAAUGCUCAAAAGAGACCAAAAAUGGGGCAUGUCAUACAUAUGCUUGAAGCAGAUGAGUUCCCCUUCCGAGAUGACCGUAGAGUCAACAGGGAACCUGGCCGCUCCCAUCAUGAUGGUAUGAGGAUGGAUAAGCGUGUAAGUGAAUCAGGUGAUAGUAGUGGGUAUGAAAGUGGUGCUCAUACCAACAGGUCAUUAUGGAGAAAGCAAGAACCAGAAGAGCAGUAA